AAGUCGUGACUCCUGCUGCGUACCAGUGACAGUGUGCUGUGGCUGCUGUGUGAGCAGGUGACUCUGUUUUUCUGUCUCGCUCUUAUUCGGCUCCAUUCUGCUGCUAGUCUACAGACGACAUGGAAAGGACCCACACAACCACCGCCGCGAUGAAGCACGUCUUCAGGGGGACGUUUAUCCACUCCACCCAGCAGACACCGGUGGAGAUCCUGGAGGACGCGCUCCUGGGAGUUAACGCAGAUGGAAAGGUCGCUUUUAUUGCCAAACCAGAAGAGCUAAAUAAAUUGUCAGAGACAUUUGGAUUUACGCCGGCUGAAGUCACUCACCUAGCACAACAUGAGUUCUUUAUGCCAGGAAUGGUCGACACCCACAUCCAUGCACCCCAGUACAGCUACGCUGGUACAGCCCUGGACAUGCCUUUACUGCAGUGGCUCAAUACCUACACCUUUCCUGCGGAGUCUCGCUUUAAGAGUUUGGAUAUUGCCAACGAGGUCUACACUCAAGUAGUAAAAAGGACCCUGAGAAAUGGAACCACCACCGCUUGUUACUUUGCCACCAUACACACCGAUGCUUCUCUUCUGCUGGCACAAAUUACAAAUGACUUUGGACAGCGUGCCCUGGUGGGUAAAGUGUGUAUGGACAAAAACAGUUCAUUGAAACAUUACAAAGAGACCAUGCAGGAGUCACAGGAGGAAACCUGUCGGUUUAUUUCAGAGCUCCUAAACAAAAAGUAUCCCCUAGUGAAGCCAGUAGUGACUCCACGCUAUGCUCUGUCAUGUACAGGAGCCCUGCUGGGACAACUGGGAGCAAUUGCUAAGAAUAACCACCUGCAUAUUCAGAGUCAUAUCAGUGAAAACUUAGAUGAAGUGAAACUGGUGAAGGAGCUGUUUCCAGAGUGCACAUCUUACACUGAUGUCUAUCACAAACAUAAUCUGCUGACGGACAAAACAGUGAUGGCCCACGGCUGCCACCUGACUGAUGAAGAGUUGGAUCUGUUCAGAGAGACAGGAGCCUCUUUGUCUCACUGCCCCAAUUCUAACAUUUCAUUGUGCAGUGGUCUGUUGAAUGUUCGUAACGUCCUCAACCACAAAGUGAAGUUGGGGCUGGGAACAGACAUUGCUGGAGGCUACUCAGCGUCUAUCCUUGAUGCUGUGAGGAAAACAUUGGAUGUAUCCAAGGUCUUGACCAUUCUGGAGCCAGAAAAUGACGUGCUAACAUUUGAGGAAGUCUUCAGACUGGCUACACUGGGAGGAAGUCAAGCCUUGUCCAUAGAUGACCACACAGGGAACUUUGUUGUGGGAAAAGACUUUGAUGCUCUUCGGGUAAAUGCAGCUGCUCCUGGUGGGCCCAUCGACAUCAUAGACUGUGAAGGACCAAAGGUUUUGUUGGAGAAAUUCCUCAAUUUGGGUGAUGACCGUAACAUUCUGGAGGUGUUUGUUGCUGGGAGGCGGGUCGUACCAUUUACGUACCAGGUCGUGUAAACCUGUGUAAAGCCAUUUGUCCAUCUCACAGCAUAAUGUUUUAGAUAUGGAAGACAUGAUUAGUAAAUUAAGGAUUUUAGGUUAAGAUGUUUUACCUCAUGAUAAGAAGGGACAAUGAAAGACUGAAUUUACUUUUGAAAAACAAAAAUUUAGUUCUUUAAAAACUUGUUUAGUAGCUGUCAACAGCAAAACAAAUGUCCAUAAUGCUGACAAGAUGAAUGAGCAUGCCACAAUGACUGCAAAAUACUAAAUAUCUUUCAGCUAAGUACUUAGCUGAAAGAUAUUAGUUUUUCUUACCUGCAGUUGACAAUGGUAAAAAAAGAACCUGUGUGUCUCCAGUGGUGGUGCAAAGAAAUCUUAAUUAUCAUUUAGCCUAUAACUGUUUUCACUUAGAGAUGCACUUAUGAAAUAUAGUUGUUGUUGUUGUGUUUUUAUUUUGUCUGUCUUUUUAUUUUCUGACACAAGCCAUGUCCAAAUUCAGGGUCUGCAAUUGCAUUGCAAUUAGCAUCUUUAAAUUAAGGAAAUGUAAAAAAUUAAGACGGAAGAAAUUAAGAAAGUGUCUCUCAGCGCACCCUCUAGGGGUGAUCUAAUCCUACGUGGAAGGUUGCGGCUAACUUUUAAUGCUGUUGUGUCUUCUGCCUAUUCAUUUUUUCUUACCACCGUUGCCAAAAUGUUUGUGACUUAUCCUGCUUUGCUAUGAGUAGUUAAACCUGGUAUAAAACAUUGACUGUAUACACAUUCCCCCAUUUUCCCCUGUAAUGUUUUUAGAAGGAUAAGUACUCAAGUACUUAAGUAUCGAGACAAAUGUGUUUUGUGAAUUUGGACUAUACAAAUAAAAUUGACUUGUCAGACUA